GCUGUGUAUAAGCAGUUCGUUAAAUUACAUUUAAAAUGCAAACACAACAUUUUCAAUUUGAAGCUAUGCUUGGAAAAGGAAGUUUUGGAAAGGUUUUUCUUGUAAAACGAAAAAAAGAUAGAAAGCAAUUUGUGAUUAAACAGCAGGAUCAAAAUUCUGGUAAUGCUUGGCUCAAUAAGAUGAUAUCAGCAGAAGUUGAAUGCAUGCAAAUAUUACGACAUCCAAAUAUCAUUUCAUAUUAUGGGGCUUGGCAAGAAUCCAAUAGUUUUUACAUAUUAAUGGAAUAUGCUGCACGUGGCACCUUAAAAAAUCUUUUAGAUAAAAGAUCUAAUCCAUUAUUGGAAAAAGAUUCAUUGUAUUUAUUUGCCCAAGUAGUUUUAGGAGUUCAUCAUAUACAUUCAAAAAAUAUUUUGCAUCGAGAUUUAAAGCCAGAAAAUAUAAUGCUUACUGGAUGUAUGGGGGAUAUAGUAAAGAUUGGUGAUUUUGGACUUUCAAGGGAUUUACGAGAAAAUAAUAUGAGUCAUGCAGGAACUUAUUAUUACAUAGCCCCAGAGAUGUUAAAGAAGGAGCCGUAUGAUUUUAAAAGUGAUAUUUGGAGUAUGGGAGUUGUGUUGUAUGAGAUGCUAACAAAAGAACUUGCUUUCCCAGCUUUAAGUAUAUCGGAAAUAGUGGAUAUGAUAUGUAAAGGAAAACCUCAAUUAUUUAAAACGGUUAAAGUUGCUAGAGAUACAAAAAUUAUCGUCUUUAAAAUGCUUCAGCAAAAAUCUUCGAAAAGACCAUCUACGAGGCUUCUUUUACUUUGUCCGUGUCUUGUGCCGUAUAUAGCAAAAGUUUAUUUGAAUUUAGGACGUGCUUAUGCAUCUUCCCCUGAAACUUUUAGCUUAGACAUUUUUAAUCCAUUCAUUAAUACAUCAUCAACAAAGUAGUUAAAAUUGUCCUUAUCGCAAUAUUUUUAUUUCUCUUCAUUUCACGUAUAGUUUUUUCUUUCAUUAUAAAUGUUAUUUAAAUUUUGACAACUAUCACACCUUAGUUUUGUCUAUUUUAUACAAUUUUAA